AACAGCAACACGGAGGCAAAAUGUGGUCGUUCUUUUCAUCAGAUCCAGCGAAAAACUUUAAUUAUGAGCUUUUAGACAGAGUUGAUGGACUGGUGGACAAGUCGGUGUGGAGGCUUCAUAAAGGAAAGAAAAAAGCAACUGGUGACCCAGUUUCUGUGUUUGUGUUUGAAGUAAAAGGCAGUAGUGAUGCUCAGGUGCAAAUUGCAAAGGCUGCAUUCAAAAGGAUUAAAACUCUACGACAUCCCAACAUUUUAACAUAUAUUGAUGGUCUAGAGAGUGACAAAGUGAUAUAUAUUGUAACCGAGCCAGUAACCCCACUAGAGACUUACCUGAGAGAUAACAAGCAGAGCAGCACACAGAAUGAGCUGGCCAUUUCCUGGGGACUUCAUCAAAUUACAAAAGGCCUGUCAUUCCUGGUCAAUGACUGUAAGCUGAUACAUAACAAUGUCUGCAUGUCAUCCAUCUUUGUUGACCAAGCUGGAGAGUGGAAGCUUGGGGGUGUGGACUAUAUGUUUCCUGCCCAGGGGCCGGACAGUUACCCUCCAGUUAAGAUCUUGCCCGCCCUGGAGCGAUAUGAUCCUCCUGAAAAGACAGAACCUCGUGGUGGACCAAAAGGCGGGCCAUGGUCAGCUGAUAUGUGGGGACUGGGAUGUUUAAUAUGGGAAGUGUUCAAUGGAUCUCUGCCAGGAACAUCAUCUUUGAAAUCCUUAGGAAAGGUCCAAAAAAACUUGGUACCAAACUAUUGUGAAUUAGUUGGUGCUAACCCAAAGUCCAGACCCAAUCCAGCCAAGUUUAUAGAGUCUUGUCGUAAGAAGGGAGGCUUCAUGUGUAACAGUUUUGUUGACACGAUGCUCUUCAUGGAGGAAAUACAGAUUAAAGACCAGACAGAGAAGAAUAAAUUUUUUAACAGUUUGACUCCAUCAUUAGAUUCCUUUCCAUCUGCCAUGUGCAAGCAUAAAAUCCUACCACAGCUGAUAAAUGCCUUUGAAUAUGGGAAUGCAGGGUCCGCUGUGUUGGCACCACUGUUUAAAGUAGGCAAGCUUCUGGACACAGAAGAGUACCAGAAAAGGGUUGUGCCCUGCGUGAUCAAACUGUUUACCUCCCCUGAUCGUGCCACCAGGGUGAAACUCUUACAACAGAUUGAAUUUUUUAUAGAGCACUUACAGCCGGACACGGUGAACAGUCAGAUUUUUCCUCAUGUUGUCCAAGGCUUCAUGGAUACAAAUCCUGUGGUACGGGAGCACACAAUAAAGGCAAUGUUACACAUGGCAUCCAAGUUAAAUUAUAAGAAUUUAAAUGAAGAGUUGAUGAAACAUUUUGCAAGACUUCAAUCCAAAGAUGACCAGGGUGGGAUCAGGACAAACACCACAGUGUGUCUGGGGAAGAUCGCUGGAUAUCUCUACCCUCAGAUCAGACAGAAGUUACUGUUGUCAGCUUUCAUGCGAGCUGUGCGAGACCCCUUCCCACCCGCAAGACAGGCAGGCAUUUUGGGCAUGGCAGCCACACAAAACUAUUAUCUGCUGGCAGAUAUUGCGAGCAAAUUACUGCCCACUUUGUGUUCUCUGACCAUGGACCCAGAACAGAGUGUCAGAGAACAGGCAUUUAAGGCUAUAAAAGGAUUCCUGGGCAAAUUAGAGAAGGCUUCUGAGAAUCCAGAUCUAAUAGCAGAAAUGGAGAAGGACGUGCACACAGGUGGCAGCUCAACUAUGGGUGGAUCCUCUAGUUGGGCGGGAUGGGCAGUUUCAGGAAUGAGCUCACUUACCUCCAAACUGUACAAGAAAGGAAGCUCACCCAAAAGCAGAGGUGGUAUUGGAGAAAUCCCUAAACCAAAAUCACCACCUAAAGCUGAUCAGUCCUUGUCCAGUAAAACCCUGACAGCAGCGCCAUCUGGAGACCAGGAGGAGGACCAGGAGGAGGAAACUGUGAUAGGGCAAGAGGAGGAUCAGGCUGGAGAUGGGUGGGAUGAUGAAGACUGGGGAAACAUGGACGAUUUUGACUCAAGUGUUGCUGGAGAAACAUCAGAAAAGCCAGAGCAGUCAAAUGAUGGAUGGGAUGAAGAGGACUGGGGUAGUUUGGAAGACACAGCUUCAUCAGAUCACCUUUCUGCCGGCAAUAGUGCAAUGAAGUCUGGUGAGGAGGGUCAAAGUUCAGACUGGAACAGCUGGGGUCAGGAGGACUUCACGUCCACAGCAGACACGGGCCUCCCCUCCACCAGUGCUUAUAACUGGGGACAGUCAGAAGACACUGACACAGAUUUCUUCUCACAGGCCUUGAAGCCAGCUAAAAAGGCCUCUAAAAUCGGCACUACAAAACCACAAAGUACCUCACAGUAUAAUCGACAGAAAACUCCUCCCAGACAAAGUAGUUCAAGUUCUGGCUAUACCACUGGAGGUCAGGGGAUGAAGGCCACAGCUGACGGGGGUCAGGAGAGUGGAUGGGGUAGCAGUGGCUGGGGGGACUCAGAUGACUGGGGGACAACUGAUACGGAUAAUUCAGAUGCUGCCCGUAAGAGAAGAGAGCGAGAGGAGAAAAAAUUACAGCGACAAAAAGAAAUGCAAGAAAAGCGAGAAGCGAGGAAGACUGGGGGUGCGCUGAAACUCGGUGCCAAAAAAAUGAACCAAGCAUGAUCACUCCUGGUCAGUAGUAGUAUUUAUUGCACAGACUAGUCAAGGAUUGUGAAAGCAAAUGAGUAAAGUUAAAAUCUGUUGACUGUUUUCUGUGUUCAGGCAUAAGUACUGCGUAAAGCAAAAAUCCCAACACUUAUUACAUCAAUUCAUACAGGCAGACAAUUAAGUCUUGUUUGCCCCCAAAUAUUCCAAGGGUCAUUAGUGCUCUAGUCCUGGUGUGAAUGGAAAGGCUGCCUUGGUAUUGUCCAUGGUGCCACAUUCUUAACACUUUGUCUUUGUACAGUGUAUUCACAUGAUCAUUUAU